AUGGAGAUCCACAACGCUCUCGGCAUCGUGUACGAGGAUAACGAUCCCGACUACUACCGCAAAGUCUUGAUCAAGAUGUACUGGGACGGCUCCGACACGCCCUCGGUACUCGCCCCGCUGGGCGACUUCUUCUGCAUUGGCAACUCCAUGCCCGGCAAUUUUGAGAGUUUGCCCUUCACGGUCUCGGCCAAGCCGAGCGAGGACCACACGUUUGGCGGCAACUGCGGCGGCAACUGCUACCUGACGAUGCCAUUCAACAAGCGGGGGCGCAUCGAGAUCGAGAACCAGGGCGAGCACGCGUACAUCCAGUAUUUCUACAUUGACUACGAGCUCUAUAAGGAGCCAAUGCCGCAGGACACGCUCUACUUCCACGCCAUGUGGCGGCACGAGAACCCCACCGGGGGGUGGGCGCCGAAUGGCACGCAGACCAACUCUCUCGAAACCCAGGUCGCCAACCUCGACGGCAAGGACAACUAUGUCAUCCUCGAGACGGAGGGGCAGGGCAACUAUAUUGGCUGCAACCACUCCGUCUACCACUUCCAGGGGACUUGGUGGGGUGAAGGCGACGACAUGAUCUUUAUCGACGACGACCAGUGGCCGCCAUCGAUGCACGGCACCGGUGGAGAGGACUAUUUUACGCAGGGCUGGGGGAUGCAAAAGAACGCCUACAAUUUCUGCGGCUCGAUCAUCCACGAAGGCGAUGUCCCCAACACGCAGGUCUCGUACCGCUGGCACCUUCCAGACCCGGUGCGCUUCGACAAGAAGAUCAAGGUAACCAUGGAGACUGGCCACGGCAACCACUUGCGCGACGACUGGUCGACUACCGCGUACUGGUACCAGACCCUGCCUGGGCCCAAGCUCGAGAUCCUGCCCGUCGAGAAGCGCCUCCCCCGCCGCCCCGUCCUGUCUGGGAACCCAGUUGAGGAGCCCAAGAUCGAGGACAUGCCUGAGCCGCAGAAGUCCAAGGCGAUCGAACGCGAGACCCGCUUCAAGGAGUACCUCGAGGACAGGAAGGGCUGGGUCGACCGCCGUGCCGCCGACUCGCAGGAGCGCGCCGUCAAGAACGUCGAGAUCGCAAAGGAGAUCCGCGCUCGCUGGCUCAGUAGUUCGAAGUAA